GGUUCAAGUUAGAUAUCACAAUCAACUUACAACUCCAACAGUGAACAACAUCUAAAAAUAACAACAAAUACAAAUAUCUUUUAAACUUUAAGUUUUUCUUCGAUUUGCCAACCAACAAAAAACUCUUUGAAAAUGAUGAUCUACCAUUAUUUCGCUUUACUCCUUCUCAUCUCAAGCCAAAUGUUGAUCUCUUCUGCUGAAGAAGAGUUUGCCAUUGAAGAGACUAACAGUGAUUUUGAUGAUACCGAAACUGAUGUCGCCUAUGUAAGAGAAAGACGGGAUUUAGCUGCUGCUGAAUCUGGUGUUGGAGGAACUGGUGGUGGUGCUGGUAUUGGAUACAAAGCUGGAAAGAAGGGUGGUGCCGCCGCUGGAUUCAAAGCAGGAGGCAAAGGUGCUGCAGCAUUCAAAGCUGGUAAAGCUGGCAAAAAAGGAGGAGCCGCAUAUGGAGCUGCCGGAGCCGCUGGUGCCAAGGGAGGCAAAAAAGCCGCCAAAUUCGGUGCUGCUGGUGCCUAUGGUAAGAAAUUCGGCAAGAAGGGAGGUUUCGUAAAGAAGGGAGGUGCUGGUUACAACAAGAAAUUCGGUGCCGUCAAGACCUUCGGUAUGGCCCAAGGAUUCAAAUUCGGUAAAGCCGCUGGUUAUGGUGCAGCUGGUGGUGCUGUUGGUGGUGCAGGCAAAAAGGGAGGAUUCGCUGGUGCCGCAGGUGCAGCUGGUUACAAAGGAGGCAAGAAAGGUGGUGCUACCGCUGGUGCUGCUGGAGCCGCUGGAAAAGCCGGAGGAUAUGCUGGUGCUGCUGGAAAAGCUGGUUACGCUGGUAAAGCCGGAGCUGCCGCUGCUGCUGGUGGACUUGGCAAGAAGGGCGCUGGUGCUGGUAUCAUUGGUUAAGAUACUGACUCAAGGGGUUAAACCAUUAUCGAAUCAGCAAAACAUUCCAACCAAACUGAUCGAGAGCUUAAUUUCUUGAUUAUUUUAAUUAUUGUUUUGUUGAAUCACUCAAAAAUUGUCUUCCAACCCAUUCAUGCAACUUAUUGUAAAAAUAGCAAUGUUAAUAGCAGCUAUUGUAUAAUGUAAUUUUGUUUUGAAAUCGUUGAUAAUUAGAAUAGUUUCUUAGUUAAUAGUAAUUCUUUGUAUGCAAUCAAAAUAGAUGUGCAAUUCGAUGUAUAAAUUAGGGCUCCUAUUAAUAAAUGUAUUUUUAUACUUUUUUACCAAAA